AUGUAAAAUAAACUCUAACAGUAGGCUCACGAGACCCCCAAUGCUGAGAGAGUCCAGGCAUACCAAAAUUAAUUAUAAGGAACCAUCCACUAUAGUUUUAAAGUUGGGUAGUCAACCCAAUUAAAACCCUCAGAAUUACCACCAAAAGUGUUAUAAUAAAACCCUACGACUGAAGUAAGAAGAAUAAAAAACAAAUCGAUUAGUUAGCAUAUAGGUGGAAACGGGAUCCAUUAACAAGUGAAUUAUUACAAAUAACCAAAUAAACGAAUUAUUUAUGACUCUACAAACUGUUUGAACCCUCAAAUCAAUCGUUCAUCCAGUAAUAGAAUCAAGAAAAUCCAUUCAGUCAGUUCUCAAAAUUAUGAAAGUUUUAUUUAAAAUCUUGAAGAUCACAGUCGAAACAAUUUAGUUUGUAAUGAAGUUGCUACCAGCACCGAGUUAAAUGAAGGCAAGAAACUAUUUACAGACAAUAAAACUGAAGAAGCACUCAAAAUAUUUUAAACAUACCAAAGCAAAUAUGGACUAAAUCCUGAUGCUCUCUAUCUCUCAGGGUUAUGCUACAUGUCCCUAGAUCAAGAAGAGAAAUACAUUGAAUAAUUCUAGACGCUCAUCAAGACAUUUCCAACAUACAAAAGAACAGCAUAUAUGUAUUUAGCAAUUUGCCUUAAAAAAAAUAAUCACAUCAAUGAAGCAAUUAAUGUGAUAUCCCAAGGCAUCACUCAUUUCAAUCGAUACUUUGAAGCCCUGAUAUUUAGAGCUAAAUUAUUUUUAAAGCAUAAAUGCUAUGACAAAGCUAUGAAGGACUUUAACUCAGCAAUUCACAUCAACCCAAGAAAACCAGUUUGUUAUGUUGGCUUAAGUGAUUGUUAUAAGUAAGCCAACUAACUUUAACAGGCUAUUGAAGAAUUAAACAAGGCUAUUGAGUUUGAAGAAUUUUCAAAGUAGAAAUCCAUAGUUUUAAAACGAUUCACAAUUUACUUAGAAACUAAAGAAUUUGAGAAAGCCAAACAAGAUAUGAUGCUAUUACUGGAAAUUAGUCCAAAUGAUUCUGAAGUUUACUAUUUUAAAGGAAUUUUGAUGCAAAAGUAGAAACGUCUAUAAGAUGCCCUUUUGGCAUUUGAAUAGUCGAUUAAGUUCAACAGUGAAAAGAAACCAGUAACUAAAUCCCUCUAUGAAAUUGUGAAAAUAAAGAUUGAAUAAAACGAUUAUUAUUCUGCUUAGCAUGAACUUGAUAGAGCAGCCUAUCUUGAUGUGGAUAAGACAUAAUUAUAGAAAUUUGAACUAUUUGUUGAAGGAGCUAUUUAUUUAAUGAAAAGAAAGUUUGAGGAGGGCACUCACUUAUUGACAGAGAUGAUCACCAAAAAUAAUUAGAGUGACAAUCUUAAAUUUUAGGCACAUUAAUAUCGAGCAUAUGGAUACUUUUGUUAGUCAAAGUACAAUUUAGCUAAUCAGGAUUUAGAAUUAUAUUAAGAAAAUCUGUUGGAGAAAGCAUCUCUAUAUAAUAAACUACUAUGUCACGGGAUAAUUAAAUAUGAGGAUAAUGAAUUAGAAUAAAGCAAAAGGGAGUUUUUCUAGGCUCAUAAAAUGCUACCAAAUAAGAUGGAACCCUUGUUUUAUCAAGCAAUUAUUUCAAUCAAAAAGUAUUGUUCAAGUCUUGAAAAAAUGAGUGAAGAAAAUAGGAUAAAAUAUUUGAAAGAAGCCUUAGAUUUACUUGAAAGAGCUGCAAAGAUAUGCGAAUAAUCUAAUUUACUGUUCUACAAAGGAAUUUUACAUUUCGCCCUUGGAAAUCUAGACUAAUCUGCAGUAGACUUAGAACAGGCUAUUGAAAAGUCUGAGGAUAAUCAAGCACAACAUUAUUAUGUUAGAGGAUUGCUUUAUUGUUAACGUCAACUCUUUAAGCAAGCAGUCAACGAUUUCUCAAUUUGCUUAAGUCUGGAUCAAAAUCAUCCAGAAUCCUACCUUAAUAGAUGUAAACUAUUAACAAUGAUGGGUGAUGUAGCCACAGCCUACUUGGAUCUAUAAAAAUAUAUUGAAUUAAAGGAGUAGUAUUCAAUAAACUAUCAUACUGUAGGAAUUCUAUACUUUUUAAUUGGAGCUUACGAGGAAGCUAUCCAAGCAUUUGCUGAUUGUAAAACUCUUGAAGGGUAAUAUGAAAAGGUCAAAGUAUUAAUUUAUGGCAAAGAAUUGAAUUCAGCACUCAAUGAAUUGUCAAUUAUCAUAGAAGAAUUGCAUAGUCAUGAAGCCACGAUUGAUAAAUAAAUGUUAACAAUACUCAAAGAAACUAGUUAAUAAAUAUCUACCAAGAUUCUAGAAGACAGCAUAAGUAGCAUAAGUUAAAUCUAAAAAGGUCAAUAGGAAGGUUUGAUAUUCAGAUUAUCGGAUAUCUAUUUUUAUAAAGGUUUGUUUUAUACAUAUUUGGGGUAAUAUUCUAAAGCAAAAUAAUGUCUUCGCUUUUCAUAUGAUUUAAAAGAAAAGGAAAUUAAGAAGUCAAGAAAUACUUAGUUAAUUAAUCAGAACACUCUUGAGGAUUUUGAUUUUACUAACAAGACUUACAAUAUCUAUGAGCAUCUCUAUAAUUGUGCCAUUCUGGAUGUUAUUUUAGGAAAUAUCGAAGAGGCCUUUGAAACCCUCACUUUACUCCAUGAACACUUAACCUAGAUUGAAUUUAGAGUAUAAUUAUAGAUCUUGAUGGAAUUAUUACGUGAUGACCUGCUGGAUACUCCUCCUGAAGAAGAAUUCUCUAAAAUACAAGAAUUCCAAUUAUUCCCUCAACAUAAUCGACUUUGCUCAAUUUAUCCUGCACUCUAAUUACCUUUGAAAAAGUAUUCUGUUGUAAUCAGGAUGUCAUUCUGUUUACCCAUAGUUGAAUUCCCUUCAUAACCAAUAUUAUUUGAUGAGCAGCUACUUCAAAAAAUAUCUCCUAAAGUUGUAGAGAAUAAACCAGAAGCUCCUUGGAUUAAGAGGUCGAAUGAAGGAGUGAUCUUUACAGACAACAUUCAGUGCAUUGAUGACUUAGAUCUUCAAUCAACUGUUAGAAAAGAAGAGAACGAAGAAACUGAAUAAGAAAAUAUUAAUCUUUAAAAUGACGACGAGAUCACCAAAUUAAAAGAGAAACUUAAGUUAGAUGACUAAAUUACUAAAAAAUUGAAUUCAAUAUUAUAAUAAAUUGAAGAAUGAAUUGCUAUAAAUACAAAAUUAUAAUCUAUAUAUUACCAUAAA